CUCGGCUGGACGGCGUAAUCGACAAAACACGUCUCGAAGCGCCUUGCUCUCUCGCCUUCGCUUGCCUCCCCUCCCGGACUAGCACAGGAGCCAGCUCGCCCUGAUGGCCGCGGCGAUGGACGUCGACGCCGCUGCUGGAGGGCAGAGGCAGCAUUCGGAGAAGGACCUCUUCCUCGCGGCGGAAUCCGGCGGCGCCGCAGCGUUCGCCUCCCUCGGCUCCGCCGACCUCGCCGCGGCCCUCUCCCUCCGCAACGAGGACGGCCGCUCCCUGCUCCACGUCGCCGCCGCCGCCGGCCACCACCAGGUGGUGCUCGCGCUUGCGGAGGCCGGUCGUGACGCCGCGGCCAGCGUCGUGAACGCGAAGGACGAGGAGGGGUGGGCGCCGAUCCACUCUGCGGCGAGCAUCGGCAACGCCCAGAUCGUCGACAUCUUGCUUGAGCGAGGUGCCCAAGUUGACUUAACUACCGAUGGUGGCCGAACUGCUCUUCACUAUGCCGCUAGCAAAGGCAGGCUUAACAUAGCUGAAAAACUAAUAGCACAGGGUGCAAAUGUCAACAAGAAAGACAAGUUUGGUUGUACACCCUUGCAUAGAGCUGCGAGCACUGGAAAUGCUGAGCUAUGUGAAUUCCUCAUUGAGGAAGGUGCAGAGGUUGAUGCUGUUGACAGGACAGGACAGUCACCUCUGAUGCAUGCCGUUAUAUGCGAGACGAAAGGGGUUGCUCUACUGCUAAUUAGACAUGGUGCUGAUGUUGACGUCGAGGACAAGGAAGGCUAUACUGUCCUUGGUCGAGCAUCCAACAGCUUCAGACCUUCCCUUAUUGAUGCAGCUAAGGCAAUGCUUGAAGGUUGACAGUGUGUGGUUGGUGCUGCUGAAAGGUACUGGACAGUGUGUGAGAUAGGAAAACUGCCCUAAAAGUGUAUAAACCCUUUCCAGAAUCAGAUCGACCAAUUUUUUGUUUCUUUAAGUUGUUAGGGUUGUUAAUUUGUUAACCUUGUUACCCUGUCAUUAACCAUCAGCAUAGUUUUGCCUUCUCCCUCUCC